GACACCGGCCCAGGCUUCCGCCACUCCGUCCAAGCCCGAGACCUGACCCCUCUUCCUCCUCCUUUCUCCUUCUCCAGCAAGCUUCGUUCUUCUCGGCGACGGGGAGGAGAAAACCAGUUGCAUCUGCGACUUCGGUUCCGGAGCUUCAAGCCUUCCAGGCCAAAAUGGGUUCAGCUGAGGACGUGUUCACCCCACUGUCUCAGUUAAAAUAUGGAAUGGACAAAUGUAAAGUUCGGGUGCGCAUCUCGCGGCUGUGGGAGUCCUUCAAUCCAAAAAAUGACACUUUGUUCGGCCUUGACUGCCUUCUGAUCGACGAUCAGGGUAAAACUAUGCAGGCGCGUGUAGAACCCGGCGAUAUAGAGCGGUUUGAGCAUAGGCUAGUUGAAGGGAAGGUCUAUGCCUUGUCAGAUUUUCAUGUUGAUGUGCAGAGGGACUACUAUAUGUCAUGUAGCAAUGAGUGGACUAUGUACAUUAGAAGGCAGACGGUGGUCACUGAGAUAGGAGAUAUUGAUUCGAUUCCCCUCUACAGCUUUGAGUUUGUUAAUUUCAAGGAUCUCCGUUCUAGGUGUGGCGACAAAAGCUUAUUGACAGAUAUUCUGGGACACGUAGUAGGUGUCGGGGGGCUACAUGAGGUCACAAAAAGAUCCCGCGUUAUAGAAAUUUGCAAUGCAAGCAUUCGGGACUUGAGAGGAAAGGUACUUGGUGUCACACUGUAUGGUGAUAUUGCCUCUGGUUUUGCUGAAGAUAUGGCCGAGAAAGGCAAAGACGCCUCAGUUGUUGCUGUCUUUGCAGGGAUGUCUGUUGAUUCCUCAUCAUCGGAGUACUAUCUGGAUUUGGAAAUGCCAGAGGUGCAAGAAUUCCGUGCAAAUCUGCGCAUUCAGAAAGCAAACCCUGUCCCCAAAAAAACUCCAGCGCAGAAGUUAGCCGAGAGUUGGCGAACAAUCGAACAGCUAAAAAACCUUGAUCCAGAAGAGUAUGACGAGGAUACCACGUUUUUGUGCAGAGUCUCUCUGAUAGACAUAGAUUGCAGCAAUGGCUGGUGCUACCUUGGAUGCGACACCUGCCAGAAGUCCAUGUACGGGGCCCCAAGGAAAUACAAGUGCGCGCGAUGUGGCCCGAUCAAGAGGCCAGUUCAGUGGUACAAGCUGAAGGCGAAGGUGGAAGAUGCCACGGGCACAAUGGACCUGAUGAUCUUCUGCGAGGUGGCGGAGGAGCUGGUCGGUGUCUCUGCAGAGGGGCUCGUCGGUAACAUCGAGGAAGACGACGAGUGGUACGCCCUGCCCGACGAAAUCGAUGAUCUUAUUGGCUCGACGCACACCUUCCAGGUUUUCGACAAGUACGUGAACGGGAGCUUCACGGUGAGGUCGAUCAUGGACGAUGCUAGCGUCCCAGCCCCUCCUUCAGCCGCUAGUCAAUGCAAGGAGGUGGUGGACCCUGAGGGGAGCCAGAAACCUAACAAGCGCCUGCGAGGGGACGACUCGAUCAACUAGGGAAUGGGGGAGUAAUGGGACUAGUAAUAGUGUAUCUAGGGUAAUGCGUCUGAAAGGAUCAGGCAAUGGGUCUUUCUGUUAUUAUCCUUCUUCUACCUGGAAACUCCUGCAUCUACUGCUGUGGCUCCAUCUAGUGAUUGUGAUGGGCAACAGACCAGAAACCGUUUAACCCUCUUGAACAUUGUUUACCUCUACCUGGAUGCCGUU